AUGUCUUCAGUUCUAUGGGCUCAACGCUCGUCCUCCUCGGAGCCCGAGAAGAACUACAUCUACCUGACGAUCAACGUGCCCGACGUGCCGCCCAAUGCGCUCAAGCUGGACCUGAAGCCCACGGGCCUCACCUUCACCGGCACGUCAGAAACCAAAAAGACCACGUACCACUUGGACAUGGAGUUCUACGGCGAGAUCGACGUCGAGAACUCAAAGACGCAUCACACCCCAGCCAACAUCCAGAUGAUCCUGAGAAAGAAGGAGCUGAAAGAAGAGUACUGGCCACGACUACUCAAGGACUCUGCCAAGGUCCAUUGGCUGCGGACGGACUUUGACAAGUGGGUCGAUGAGGACGAACAGAACGAAGCUCCGGAAGACGAUUACCUGAGCCAGUUUGGAGGUGGUCUCGGAGGUGAUGAUGGCGGGUUCGGUGGAAUCGACUUCUCCAAGCUCGGCGGGGCUGGCGGCGCCGGCUUGGAGGGUUUGGGUGGUGACGCCGAUGCUGAUGCUGGCGAGGAUGAGGAUGAUGACGAGAUGCCCGAUCUGGAAGAAGAUAAGGAUGCUGGUGCGGAAGAUGGAGACAAGGGCAAGGGCAAGGACGGAGAUGCUGCUGCUGCAUAG